AUGACGGCCGGCGUUUUCACCAAGAACAUGCUGACAUCCUGGAUUUUUGCCAUCUGUGCUUUUGCAACAUGUGGAGGAUACUAUGGUCACCUCCAGGUUAAAGUGGAGUGUGCCGACAGGAGGAAAAGUAACCUCAGCAUCAACAUUGACUUUGGAUAUCCCUUUAGAUUAAAAGACGUGCACUUCAAAGCUCCCUUGUGUGAGGGAAAGAGGGACGAGAUUAUUUUCCUCGAUGGAGACUUUUCCUCAGCCACUCAGUUUUUUCUGACUGUGGGUGUUUUUGCAUUCUUGUACUCUCUGCUGGCAACUGUCGUCUAUGUCUUCUAUCAAAAUAAGUACCUGAAGAACAACAGAGGCCCUCUUGUGGAUUUUGUUGUGACAAUCAUUUUCUCCUUCAUGUGGCUGGUCAGCAGUUGUUGUUGGGCCAAAACCCUUUCUGAAAUCAAAAAAGCCACAAACCCUACACAGGUGCUACUGCUCAUUUCAGCCUGCAGAGCUCAGGAGAACAAAUGUACAGCCACACAGGCGCCUUUCUGGUCACGUCUCAAUACAUCUGCGGUUUUUGGCUUUGUAAAUGUCAUCCUCUGGGUCGGGAAUAUCUGGUUUGUCUUCAAAGAGAUGGGCUGGUACAAGACAGGUCAGAGAUAUCCAACCAGGAUUGCUUCUGUGAAACGUUCGAGUGAAAUGCGACAGAGGCUCUACAGUGAGAGCAGCUUCGACCUGCCAGAAGAAAGUUCUGGUUCACAACUUUCAAGACAAAACAGUUUCAAUCUUUCGAAGGGAGAUUUUAGUCAGCAUGUCUACAGACAAAGUAGUUUCAACCAGUCACAAGUGAGCUUGAGCUUACCACAAGCAUAUCUUGGCAAACCUACAAUAUAUGAUAGGGAGAUUAAAGUGGCUUCUCAAGGGCCCAUGAUAUUUGUCAAUGAGAUGUGAUAUUGCAGGUUUGAUAUAGUAAACUAGAUGGACAUGUGCUCUUGGUACAAACGUAUAAUAUAUUCAUAUAUUUAAAAGUAGAAUGACUUGAGGACUUUCAAGUUUUGUUUUUAUUUGUUAAAAAUUGUUGUUAUCGAUGACUUCACUGACUGUUAAGUGGACAACAACUAUUAUCCUGUUAGAGGCACUUGGUUAGGCUCUUUAGGUUAGAGUAAUAUCCUAAAAUUGCCAAAAUAUUGAUGUGAUUUACAUAAGACUGAAUGUGAUUGAACAGUGUCAAGUAAGUUAUACACUUUUGCUUUGCACUGUUACUCGUAAGCUAACAUAAACACUGUUUUAUAACACAAGGCUAACAUAGCUCACAGAAGCCAGGGAAGUGAAUUAGCUAGCAAGCCAACAUUUUUGCUCAUUGAUAUCCUUCUACAGUAACUGUAGUGAGCUAGCAACCUAAGGUUAGCCAGCUAGCUUUUACUUAUGAUAAUGGAUAAAACCAGCCAGUUAUCCACCAAGAAAAUCCACUGACAUUUGGAUAAAUUAACUAACAGCAUGCUGUGUUGGCAAUUCUUGCACAUUAGUGAUGAUGCCAACAAUAAAAUAUAAAUCCUUUCAUAAUCUGAAACAACUGAUCGAUGUUAAAAGUACCUGUAAGGAAAAAAAACAGAUCAUAAUUAUCUGACAUAUAGGCAUUAGUGUUUUUUCCUUUUAAAGUGAACUUAUAGCACUUGAAAAAUGUAUUUGAGGAAUCUCAAAUUGACACAAGGUGUAAACAGAAAAUCAACGAUAAUGACAGAAGACAAACUUUUCAGUAUAGCAUUUUAAUGUAGUAAUUUUCAUUGAACAAUGAGAAAUUAAACAUUCACAUCACAUUAACCAACCAGAAAAAAGGUAUUGAUCGAUUGCAUCAUUAAACUGAAAAGCACUGAUCUUUUUGCAGUGAAGUUGACAAUGACAGCCAAAAAAUAUAGACUUUAAUGUAACAGCUUAUUAACUGAGGUUGUUUAUAACUUUGUGACAUUUUCUGUUUUGGAUAAAGAGAUUAUAUCAAAAUGAAAUUACACUGUGUAUUGCAGAGUAUCUACAAAUAUAUCCACUACUGAAUUAAAUGUAUUGAUGAUUUGCAGCAGAUCAGGAUCUGAUGGGUUUUACCUAUAUAUCUUUGUUAACUUGUUCUCUGUUGUGAAGACACUUUUCAUUUGUCUUACUAACAUAUUUCUGUUCUUAUGUCAUUAAAAAAUCAAGUGAAUGAGUAAAUAAAAAGUGAUCUUAACGUUUCUAAUUGUCUUAUCUUUGAAAAAAAUUAAAGUUCCCUUUUGUCUUUCUUUAUC